AUUACAGUUUUGUCCUCUUUUCGCUGUACACAAGGAAUUACAGCGAAAGUGCAGCAAACGAUUUGAAUUGAAUUCAAGGAAUUAAUCUACUAGUAAAACGAGAAAGCUCGACGAUAUUUUUUAGACGCGAUUCACGGAGUAUAAUAGAUUCUGACUAUUCAACUUUUGCCUAGAACUCGUCGCCAAACAGACUCACCAUGGGAAAGCAAAACAGUAAACUCAAGCCUGAAGUCUUAGAGGAUUUGAAGCAAAACACGGAAUUCACCGAUGCUGAAAUUCAAGAAUGGUAUAAAGGCUUUCUGAAAGACUGUCCAAGCGGGCAUCUGUCUGUGGAAGAGUUUAAAAAGAUUUACGGUAACUUUUUUCCGUACGGUGAUGCCAGCAAAUUUGCAGAGCAUGUUUUUCGAACAUUCGAUGCAAAUGGCGAUGGCACCAUCGAUUUUCGAGAAUUUCUGUGCGCACUCAGUGUCACAUCCAGAGGUAAAUUGGAACAAAAACUCAAAUGGGCCUUUUCAAUGUACGAUUUAGAUGGCAACGGCUAUAUUUCGCGACAAGAAAUGCUAGAAAUUGUAACUGCUAUUUACAAAAUGGUUGGUUCCGUUAUGAAAAUGCCGGAAGAUGAAAGUACACCCGAAAAGCGUACAGACAAAAUAUUCCGACAAAUGGAUCGGAAUAAGGAUGGUAAAUUGAGUUUGGAAGAGUUCAUCGAAGGCGCAAAAAGUGAUCCGUCUAUUGUUCGAUUAUUGCAAUGCGAUCCGCAGGCGCAGUAAAUAAUUAAAACAUGUUAGCGAGAAAAACAAAUCAUAUACAAACAUACAUAUAUACAUACAACACACACAAACACUACAAUUCAAACCCCAAAAUGCCAUAUGAAAAAAAAACAUCAUCAACAACAAUCUAACAAAUAAAUGAAAUCUCAUACAGUGACAGAUUUCACGAUGCACGUCGCAAUGUAGCCGACUAAAAUGUUAAACAAAAUGGAUUAUAUGGAACGAAUCGUAGAUUAAACUAUUUUAAAAAAAAAACAUCACUCACACUUGAGAUACAAAAAAUAUACUAGAUAAUUGAUGCUAAUUCAACAAAAAGCGAAAUAUAAUGUUAACUCACUUGUAUAUUUCAACGCCAAUGAAAAACGAAAGACACAAAUUAACGGAGAAAAUAAAAACUAUUACAUUAUUAAAACAAGAACUCACAUCGACUGAAUCCUUUUCCACGGCGAUCGCUGCAAGGCUAUGGUAUUAAUGGCAACUAUCGAAGUGGAAUGAUAGGUUCAGAUCCAUACAUAUUUCAUGUUAAAGAAAUGAGAAGAUAAGACAAGACCCAUAUCCUUUUAUGCAAAAAGCGCUAAUGCUUGCGGCAAACGUGUGUCCUUAUCAUAGGCAAAAGAAAAAUAACAUAGAACAUAAAUCGUUUUCGAAAAAAAAAUCUCAAGCAACAAUUUUAAAUAAUAUCUCUAUAAUUUUUUUUUCUAGUAAAUAAAUAUCUGAAAACAAUGAAUUAAAUAGGAGACGGAAUAGGUGAUUUUAUGUAUUCCGAAUGAUUUUUCUUCAUUUUUAAUAUGAUUGAUGCGAACCAAAAUAUUGUGCUACAAUUCGUGGUCUACAAAAAAGACUUUGUGUACUGCUGUAUUUAAAAUUUAUAGAAUAAGCGCGACUAUUUCAUUCAUUUCUCACAAGCAAUUUUCGUUGAAAAAUUGUCCACUUUUUUGAUGAAGAAAGUCAUAGGUGUUCAUUAAAUAUUUGAAUUUAGACGUUCAAUGAUGAGCAAAUUCAAUGCACUUUUUUUAGUCCAAUUAAUUCAUUCUCAUUCAUUUGGGUAAUCCAUGCGAUUCAAAAGCCUUGAUGGGUUGUUCAAACUUGGUUGUUGCAAAAAAACAAAAACUAAUAUAGUCAACAAUUGCUUAUAUAUUAAUGGUACGCAUCAAAUGCAUACCUAAAUUACGAAAAAACAGUAUUUCGAGAUGGUUUAUUGAAAAAUCGAAAAAUUCACAACGAGAACGGACGUAUCAAUGGACGAACUAGUAUGUAAUUCAAACACAAACCCAUUUUCGGAAUGUUGCACUUGCAAAAUUCAUCGAAUCGGAGUCAUAGGAUAGUAAAGAGACGGUUGGGUGCACAUACAGACAUAUACACACACACAUCAUUUCGUAUCUUCAAGGAAACAUUCUUUACACAGAAGGAUGAGGAGCGCGCCAAAGCACAACUAAUCGGAGAGUCGCAUCUGAAUUCAACAACAAACACCAACCACGCAUGCCAUCCUGACCAGCAACAGCACCAAAACCUUAGGUAUCAAAACAUAGAAAUGCUAUUGGUAUUGCAAACCAUGCAAUUACCACGAGAGACGAACAUAACAUAUCGUUAGAUUUUCAAGUUAACAAAACGAAAGUGGUUUAGCGUGGAUUGAUUUUUGUUAGCCUCUACCAAGCAGUAUACAUUGUCUAUUUUGUAACCAUCAACUGUAUUGUUGUAUGGUCCAUUUUGGUUGCACAACGAUUUGGCGUCAGUCAAAUUUUGAAUGAAAGGAAAAUAAAGCGUCAGGCACACAUAACAUAUUCUACCGUACAUCAUCAAAAUUACAUUAGAUUAUUGAGGGCACGUCGAAAUAUAUUCACCGUAAAAAGAAGAAGACAUGAUGUUUGAAUAAUGAUUGCUGAUCGACAUAAAUGUUCUAUGAAUUACUUUAUUCAGUUCAAGGAAUUUUCCAUGAUCUGUUUACAUGCAUCAGGGACACGAAAUUUUAUUGGUUUAUCAUCAUUUUAGAUUAAAUACAUGGAGAUGCAGUCAUGCUGCGAAUUGAUCCACAACCUAACCUAUUUCGUUUCUCAGCGAAAAUUAAAAAAAAACACAUCGUCAAAAUUCACAGUAUCCAUUUUAAACAUUUAUUCCAACACAAACAAGAGCCGCAACCAUCAUUUGUCAUUCAUUUUAUUCCAACUGUUGACUGUUUUGAAGCGAAUUAAAAUAUAGAAACAAAAUGGAAACAAACAAAUGAAAUUAAUCUCAAUUAUACAUUUAAAUUGAUGUUUAACCAUUUAUUAAUUGUCUCCACCCUCCACUUUCAUCAAUUGUUUUAAAAAGAAAAUUCUGUUUUUUGAGCAUCCAAAUAACUCAAUUUUUAAAGCAUAAGCAUAAGAAUAUCGCAAAUCAAAAUAAAACAAAAACAAAAAUCUCAAGAAUUGAAGUUGCCAUUGAUUAUUAUAAUAUGUAAAAAAAAUGCAAACAAUGAAAUUAUCAAAAUACGGAGAAAAAACACAAUGAUGUUAGCUUAAGUCACUAGAAGACACUUGAAAUACGAUUUACUUUGCUAUAAACACAUUUUAACCUACUUCA